CUGCCACUGUUGUGGAUAGCCUAAUCACUCUUCUUCGACAGCGUUCUAGCGAUCAGGGCGAUCAUACCAUUGUUUUGAUAACCCUUGGAGUUUUAGCGUGCGUGAUACUAUGAUACCCCCCUUCACAUAAUGAAUGUUAUUGUCCCCAAUAGGUACGAUACCGUUAGUGCAAAUAUGAUGACUCGUGUUGGUGUGACGAAAGCGAUAAUGGAACUCCUCACUACAACACUCUCUGACGAUAUGGACGGAGCCAUCUGGUGUCUCUCGCGCAUUUGUAGGAGCAAAGAGAUAGUGGACAUGCUCUUCCAGCCAGCCAUCAUCGAUUUGGUGUCCCAGAAAGGUUUAUUGGGCAGCAUGCGCCGUACAUCGCGUCUCUCGGCCUGCUUCCUUGGCGGGCUCAUUCUCACAGAUGAACAGGCAGAUGAAUUAUCAGACAGAGGCCUUGUCGAAAUUAGCGUCAUUAAUCUCAUUAGAAAGGCUUCCUUACCCAAUGCGCUUCCGGAGGACAUCUGUGCUGCCACGUUCCUCGUUGCUCGUCUGGCGCGAUCGAUCAAGAUCUCGAAGGCGCUAGCGAAGGCUGGAUGCGUGGGACCGCUAGUCCAUGCGCUUCUCAGCUCUGUUGAACCUGACGUAUUGCAUUGGAGCGCUCGGGCAGUUGGCUGUCUUAUGCGCCCCAACAGUCUUGAGAUGGCAAAUGUUCUGCUCGGAGCUGGGUGCGCAGCAGGUCUUGCUCGCUUACCCCGGGUGUUGCCGGAAGACCAGGUCGAGCCGCUGGCAUCGUUUGCAUUUGCAAUACAGAGAUUUGUUUGCGCAGAGUGGGGCGGCGGUACGCGCAAAGCGCUGGUCGAUGCUGGUGUCAUUGAUUCGUUGCUUUCGGCGCUGAGGACUGCUGCAAAUGUACCUGCUCCACAUGUUCACGUUGAGCUGGCACACGCUGUCGUUUUUCUAUGCGAUAUUGGUGGAGGGGAUGUCAGGAAAGAGAUCGUUAGGGCGGGCGGAGUCAACAUUUUGAAACAUGUAGCCGAAACUGCUUCCCCGGAGGUCGCGGAGGUCUGCAAUGCAGCCGUCACUUCGUUGACGGGAAAUAUCUUUUCUCGCAAUCUGACCGUGACAAAGACCGCUUUAAGACACGAUUGGAGUGGUGGAUGUCCAGUCUACUUGCUACCCCGAACUACCUUUGGUUGCUCAUUAUAGACCUGUAUUCUCUGGAUAUAUUUUCAUUCUUUCGCCGGGAACAAAAGACGACAUGGUUGACUCAGACUCGAGAGUUCUGAUUGUUUUGUGCAGUGGCUAUGCAUCAAUAUUCGCGGUUUGAACCCGACUGAUGCCUUCCCGAUCAUGCCCAUAUCGGCGA